AUGUCGCCAUCUAAAUUCCGCCGUCUGUCUAGCCUAUUCUCCGGCCCGAAAACGGCCUUUCAAGUCCUGUCAGACCUCCAUCUCGACCACGAAUCACAAUACCUUUCCUUCCACAUCCCUGUGGUAGCGCCAUUUCUCAUACUGGCCGGAAACAUUGGACGACUGGCAGAUUACGAUGAAUACCUCUCUUUCCUCAUCCGGCGUUGUAAUCUCCACGAAAAGGUGUAUCUUGUGCUCGGUGCACUAGAGUUUCACGGCAUAACAUGGAUAGAAGGAUUACAGUUGGCACAAAGGAUGGAGAAAGACCCAGGAACAAAGGGAAGAUUGGAAGUGCUGUAUGAAUCAAGAACAGAUGUGCCCGGUACAAAUGUAACACUGCUGGGAUGCACACUGUGGAGUAAGAUCCCUGAUUCAGAUAUCCCCACAGUGGUCAAGAAGAUACCAGAGUUUGACGAGGAAACCGGGAUACAGGAAUGGGAUGUCAAUAAGCACAACGAGAAACACAUGCGAGAUCUCUUAUGGCUUGUCGAUGAAGUCAGGAACCCCAUGGCGGCAGGUACUUUGGCCGUGUCGACUGCGAUGAAGGAAGGACGUCAGAUUGUUGUCGUCACUGCCUUUUCACCGGAAAUUCGCGAGUGCCUCGAUCCAUGGCAGGUGGAUGCGCCUUGGGCGUCGGCAUACGGAACGAAUUUGCUUGGAGCCCAACAUCAGUUUAGUAACGUCAAACUGUGGGUAUCCGGUACAACAGGACGAACGUGUGAGUUUAAGAAGGGGAACACCACAGUCAUCAGCAACCAACGCGGAAGACAAAGCGAGGAAGUGACAGGGCUUCUGAAAGAUGGCAUGUCAGACAAGCAAAAGAUCGGUCUCUUUGACGUAACACGAACAGUCAGAGUAUAG